UAAUUGGAUACACACUAUCCACUCUUUUUGUUGACAAAAAGUCGUCAACAAUACCCGGCCGUCCUCGGUGACUCCUCCCUCCCUCCGUCUGGUAAUGCCCUUCUUCGUCCACUCUUUUGUAGUCAAUUUCAAUUUAUUAACCACAGACCACCUUCUGCACUCUGCAGUUCUCCAUCCAUUUUUUUGGGAGACUUAGGACACAGAAUUUCCCUGCCAAAAUAUCUGCAUUUGAUAGUGAUAGCCACACCGACUUUACUUCCCCGAAUUGAUUCCAAAUGGCUGCAUCUGUCACUCCCUUGUCAUUCUCAUUCUCUUUCCCGAAAUCGCAUCUCAAGAUUAUACCCUUUUUGGGUCAUCCCUCCAUUGUCCAUGAUAGAGUAAUUGCCACUACACUUGUCAAGUCAAGGCCUUCCUUAGCAUUUCAGAAUUCCCAUUUUUCUAUUGUUAAUUUUAGGGAUUCACCACGAGUGUUUUCUUCUGCUUCAUCUUCUUCUCUGGAGAGGUACCUCGAUUCGGUUGAAGACGAUGAAAUUGUGCCAUUCAUCAAGGAAAAGCCGAUCAAAUACCUCCUCUGUGUCGUAUUCUGGGCAACUUUCUCAAUCGCUUGGUUUGUCGCUUCAGGGAAUGCUAAUGCGGUUGUUGAUUCUAUCAAAGCUUCGAGCUUUGGUGUUAAGGUCGCAAGCGCGCUUCGAGGCUCCGGCUGGCCUGAUGAGGCUGUGGUCUUUGCUCUUGCUACGCUUCCUGUGAUUGAGCUUCGUGGAGCUAUUCCUGUUGGUUACUGGAUGGAACUCAAGCCUGUUCUGCUAACUGUAUUAUCUGUUCUGGGAAACAUGGUUCCUGUGCCAUUCAUCAUACUCUACUUGAAGAAAGUUGCUUCAUCUCUGGUUGGGAAAAACAAAUAUGCAUCUCAGGUCCUUGACAUGCUAUUUAGGAGAGCCAAAGAGAAGGCUGGCCCUGUGGAAGAAUUCCAAUGGCUUGGGCUGAUGCUCUUUGUGGCUGUGCCUUUUCCCGGAACAGGAGCAUGGACAGGAGCCAUCAUAGCUUCUGUUCUUGACAUGCCAUUCUGGCCGGCUUUUUCUGCAAAUUUCUUUGGUGUUGUGUUGGCUGGACUUCUGGUAAACUUGCUUGUUAAUCUCGGUCUCAAAUAUGCUAUUGUUACUGGUGUACUUCUAUUCUUUAUAUCCACAUUUAUGUGGAGUAUCCUUCGAAAUAUCAGUAGGUCUUUGAACUCUUCAAAAUGAUGCUCAGAUGAUGUUUUCAUGAACAGCAAUAAAAUGAGUGUUUGCGUA